AAGUAAUUAAAAAACGCCUUUGUGAUUCCCCACCCAUCGCUCCACUAUCAAAUAUCGUUAACCCUCUCAUUAACACCACUCUUAGGGAUUUAAAAAUAAAAAUAAAAAAAAAGAUCCCUAAACCGAACCCUUCAGACUCAAUGCUCUCAUUUCCUCUCAAAGGAGCUCUUACCGUCGCUCUUUCCCCGUCAACAACUACCUACCUAUCCAAUCUCCGGUGGUAGGUUGUCUACUAGUAACCUUAUUUUCCCUAUAUUUUGUUCCUCAUAAGAGUUUUUCCCCUAUUUUUUCCAAAUUAAUUAUCAGAUCUAUUCGGCAGCAACAUCCUUUGGAUUUUCAACUCUGCCAUCAGUGGUGCGUUUAUCUUGAACGAAUCAAGGACAUCAUCUUUCUGGUGGUGUUUUAUCAAUUGUGCAAAGUAAAUGAAACAAAGAAUUUUUCCCCAAACUUGAAGAAAUGGCACUGUCUUCUCAUUUCAAAUUUCACAUCAGUCCAAAGCACAAGGAGUUUAUUUGGGUGUUGUUGAACGAUAUGGGAGUUCAUGACCUUUGACCAAUUCACACGGGGAUUUUCUGUAUUUUACCCUUUUAGUAGCCAUUCCCCGAAAUAGAAUCCUUUGAUCAUCAAGACCUGAAGCAGCCGCUAAUCAACCAUGGCUGCUACCAUCCUAGCCGAUGAUGAUGAUGAUGACAUAAACCCCUUCACAUCCAUAAUGCUGCUCGCCCCUACAUGCCAACCACCAAAACCAGAAUCAGAAGAAGACCACCAGAAUCAGAGCCCAUUAUCAUCAUCCAAAGCUGGAAUAACUAGUCAACAACUUCUUGACCAAAAUAACUACUACCUCCACUCUGUCAACUCCCACCUACUCAUCAGACAACUCCCUUCUCAAGGCCUCUCUUUUCAGCUCUGGCCUGCUGCAACCACUCUCGUCACCCUCCUUGAUACCCACUCCUCUCAAUCCACCAUCCCCAACCCACUUUCCACCUUAUUUAAAGCCCAAGAAGACCGUCCCCUCAACAUCCUGGAGCUGGGCUCUGGCACCGGUCUUGUUGGGAUUGCAGCUGCUGCUCUUCUCUCUGCUAAUGUCACUGUCACAGACCUCCCUCAUGUGCUAUGCAAUCUGCAUUUCAAUGUGGAGGCUAACUCCAAACUUCUUCAAGUCAACCAAGGUGCAAAAGUUAACAUAGCGGGGCUUUCCUGGGGAGUGGAUGAAGACAUGAAAGCUGUUGGGAAGGAGUAUGAUUUGAUACUGGGGUCUGAUGUAGUGUAUCAUGAUCACCUCUACAAGCCCUUGAUUAAGACCCUGAGGUUCUUCUUGUUGGGGAAUGAUGACGGCAGCAAGAAGAAAAGGGUUGCCUUUGUGAUGGCUCAUUUAAAGAGGUGGAAGAAGGAGUCUGCAUUUUUCAAGAUGGCUAGGAAGCUUUUCGAUGUUGACAUUAUACAUUCUGAUCCUCCUUCCCAUGGCGCUAGAGUUGGAGUAGUAGUGUACCGAAUGGUGGGGAAAUGUUUUCUCAGCGUCAAUUCUGUCCCUAGCUAAAUAUUUGAGCGAGGAAUUGAAGAGAACAUUCUUGAAAUUUUGAGAAAAUCUAGAAGUUUGUCAUGCAUCAAAAACUUUCCAGGGAAGAUUUUAAUAUCUUUGUUAAUGUAUUUUACUAAAUUGCAAUCACCAGGGUUUGAGUUCA